CUGAGCGAUAAGCAGAAACUGAAGGCCCCGAACGGAAUUUUCUUUCCUUCACCGCGCCGUCCCACGCCGCCGACCCGAAAUCCGACCGUUGCGCUCCCCGCCCCGGCUCCCCUUUCCCAUCCCUCCUAGUCCUGGCACACCCAAAAAAGGCUCUCUCCUUCCCCAAUUCCUCCAAGUCCCAGGAAUACAGCGCUCACCUGCACCGAUACUUGGCAAGAGAGAGACCACGAGAAGCCGCCUUCCUCCUCUCGCGCAGCCGCCGUCCGCCGACGACUCCACCGGAGCACGCCGCCGCCGCGAGCUCUUUUCUCCUCUCCUCGUCCGCGUCCUCCUCGCUUCGGGACACCGGGGCGGAGAUCGUCCGGGCUGAUUGAUUUCUCCUGUGCUGUCAGGCUUUCAAGUUAGAAAAAGAAAGCUUUCUGUUCGGUCAUGGCUUUCCCAACUCCCGCAGCUGUUUUUGUUGAUGAGAACCUGCACAUACAUCGAGGCAAGAGGGCUGAUGCACCAAGGGCCAAACCACUGAAGCCAUCAGCAAAGCCUGGGCUUCAAGAGCGGAAGGCUCUUCAGGAUUUGUCCAACAUUUCUAAAGGCACUGCUUUAAAGGAAGAGCGGAAGCCUCUUCAGAAUGUGUCUAACACUUUAAAGGACAGGUCCGUCCUGAAAGAGAGGAAAGAGAGGUCUGCUCUACGCAGCCAUGAAGCGAUUAAGAACUCAGUGACAAUAUUCGCUGAUGAAGAGACCAAAAAGUGUCAUGAAUGGGCUAAGGAUGGGGUGGAGGGCGCUCACUUCACAGGAAAUGAUUCUCAGAAGUUGGAUAAGGAUGUGCAAGACAAACGUGUCAAGAAGAAAGUGGAGAAAGUAAUGUCAACCUUGCAUGGCUGGUCAGAUGUGGUAUUUGAUCCUGUGAUGUUUCCAGCUACGGAGGUUGCCAAGUUUUUUGAAGAAGUGAAAGGGCUGGAGCUGGAACCAGAGAUUCUCCCAGACAUCAAUAGGCGUCUCUCUAGCUCAGGCGAUAAAGCAAUGUUGCAUGAAGACGCUCUUACUGAUGAUGAGCCUGACCAGUACCCAUUUCUGGACAACAAGCCUGUUGAGUUCGAGCUGAGAGAUGAGCUAGGAGUGAAUUGAAAAAAUCUGUGCCCACUAAGACUGAAAGCUAUGCUUCUGCUGUGUUUGGCAACUCUGCUUGGUCAGGAGCAGUCUAUGUAGUAUAAUGUUUAGACUAGAGCGCUAGUAGAUCUGAUGUUCUUCCCAACUCUGUUCUGGUGGAUGUGAAUGAUGUAGGAUUCACAAUUUCAGUACCUGUCGUAGUACUUACUGUAGCGGAAGCGACAGCGCUUCCUGUUCGUUAUGCUUUGCUGAAACACCUUCCUAGUCCUGCGCAAGUGAUGGUGUCAGGCUAAUGUCCGUACUCAUCUACAAAGGGAUGAAGGACCCUUGUUUCCAUGAUGGAUGUGGAUGUGGAUGUGGAUGUUAUAACUCAGAUAUUUUUCGAAUUUUUCUGAUAUUCUCAUUAUAUAGGGCCUAUUUGUAGA